AUCAUUGCAGAUCCUUUCCGACUGAAAUAGACUAUUCUGUGUCGUGUGGCCACACAUCCAUUGUGUCCUGUGUGACACUACCCAAUUAUUUCCUCGUUUCCAUUUUCUAAUUUUGAGUGCAAGUGUGUGUGUGUGUUGCUGCUGCAUGGUGCAUUGCAUUGAGACUGGGAUCCAGGAUAAAUCUCACUUUGGGAGGAUGGAACAGGGAAGGCUGGAAGUUGUAGUGACUGUGCAGUCUUGUUCUGUGUGUAGGUGUAACUGCGUUUUGAGGCUGUCUUCAAAAUUGCAGUAAUGCAACUCCCAUUUGGAGGACCCUUAUGGCUCUUUCUGGCACUUCUUUUGUGCUGUCACUAACUUUCUAACUGAGAUACACUUUUGAGAAAUAGUCAGCCAAAUGGGUUCAUUAAUCCACUUGCUGUCCAGGUGGGUACGUGGUAGGUGAGAAUAAUACAAUACAGGACAAGUACAUGGGAGAGCAGAAUGAACUGUUUUGGCAAGAGCCCAAACUAAAUGGGUUAAAAUAACCAGGUAAUUGAGGCCAAGUCUUACAUAUGUUACCUAGUGUUAAAAAACUGGAGAAACUUAGGUCUGGUUAAGGCUUCAACCCAGAAUUGUUUAGUGUGCAAACACCACCAGAAAGUUAAUCCUCUGUGGCUGGUUAUUGAGCUGGGUCUGAGCAGCCUGCUGAGGAGCUGGAGUAUUUCCAGAGGCAAAGCUUUAAAUGUAUGGCAUAAGACAGCUGUAGAAAAGCUCAAGUCACACUGUGCACUGUAGUUUAAAUGCAGCAUUGAGUGACUUGCUGUAUCCCAGACCUUCCCACCAUUUAAACAGUUUGCACGGCUGCUGAUAGAAGAGGUGCCACAGCUGCAGCAGCCACCUGAUGCAUGGAAAACAGGUUUACACCAAGCCAGGGCCUUUUUGAUGCUAAUAGGAGGUAGAGAAAGUUCAGUGUUUAUUUUUUGAUGCCACUACUUUGCCAUAAACUUUCAGGCUUCAAACACUUUCUGUUUUGGCAAAAAACUUUUAAUGUUUUUUAUUUUAGCUUGAUCUAAUGCAAGAGAAAAAUAACCCUCAUUUUAAGUAUGGGACAAAAAAUGUGUCGUGUGGGGUUUAUCCCCUUUUUAAACUUACUCAGCAGACUGAUUUGUGGGUGAGAAGUGAAGGGUUACAAAGAGUCUAGCAGGCACUGUAUAAGCAACUGAUACACUAUACAGCCAGUUUAUUUUGUUUUUCAGGGCAGUAUGACUGCAAUGACUGUAUUUUUUCCUUUGGAUACAGCUAGGCUUAGACUUCAGGUUGAUGAGAAGCGGAAGUCAAAGACAACACCGGCUGUCCUUUUAGAAAUAAUAAAAGAAGAAGGCCUGUUGGCACCAUAUCGAGGAUGGUUCCCUGUCAUCUCCAGCCUUUGCUGCUCCAAUUUUGUUUAUUUUUAUACAUUUAAUAGUCUUAAAGCCCUCUGGGUCAAAGGUCAGCAUUCGACCACUGGAAAAGACUUGGUUCUUGGGGUUGUUGCAGGAGUAGUGAAUGUUCUCUUGACCACCCCUCUCUGGGUAGUGAACACACGCCUGAAGCUGCAGGGAGCAAAAUUCAGAAAUGAAGACAUUGUACCAACCAAUUACAGAGGCAUAAUAGAUGCUUUUCAUCAAAUAGUACGAGAUGAAGGAGUCUUAGCUCUGUGGAAUGGCACUUUCCCCUCCUUGCUGCUGGUCUUCAAUCCUGCCAUACAGUUUAUGUUCUAUGAAGGCUUUAAACGAAAGCUUUUGAAAAAGCAGCUGCAACUCACAUCCUUGGAUGCUUUUGUCAUUGGUGCAAUAGCCAAAGCAGUUGCCACCACCCUCACUUAUCCUCUGCAGACAGUACAGUCAAUUCUGCGGUUUGGACGUCACAGGUUGAACCCAGAGAACAGAACACUGGGCAGUCUUAGAAAUGUUCUUUACCUUCUUCAACAGAGAGUGAGGCGUUUUGGAUUAGUGGGACUCUACAAAGGCCUUGAAGCCAAGCUCCUGCAGACAGUCCUUACUGCUGCUCUUAUGUUUCUGGUGUAUGAGAAACUUACUGCAGCAACCUUCACAGUCAUGGGAUUAAAGCACUCGCGCAGACAUUGAAGAGGAACCUACGCCAAAGAUUCUGGGGUCUAGAAAACACAUUCCAUUUCUGAGACCUGGCUGGGUAAACAAAAGGUCCUCCCUUUCUCUGCUUCUCUUUUUAGCCACCUUUAUCUCCAGUAUUUGGAGAAAUCUGGAAUAUGCUCUAUAGGACCUGUUGCCACGAAUUCAGGGAUAGCCUAUUCCCUAUUGUUCUGUGUACUCACUGUGUUAAGAAAAAAACCAGAGACCUUAUUUAAACACUUGACAUGAAAUUUAAACUAUUAUGUGAUUGGGUUGAUAUUCUUGGCAAGAAUGAUUAUCUGUCACUAUGCUUUCUUCUUUGCCCUCAAAUUGUCCUCAACUAUUCUUGUAUCUUUAUCUUCUGUCAGCAGCUGGUGGGGCUGGUUUUGUGUUAUUUUCCUUGACCUGUGUUUGUCUCUUCAUAUUCGGUUCAUUAAAAUGAUUCAUAAAGAAUAA